AUCAAAUCGUUGCAGCAGUUUGAUUACAAAACGACUUCGGAGCCCUGGCAAUGUCAGUGUGCUCAGCUACUCUGGCCAGAGCACUUCAAGCCAGAGUUUCCACGUCGAGGCUCAGUGCUUCCUCGGGUCGCCGAGCGUUCGCAGCAGGCUCCAUCCUUCGGCCAGGGCGCACCGCGCGUCACUGUCCUGCGUGGCGUCCGUUGCAUCCACCGAAGCCAGGCUUCGGCCAGUUUAGUGGCUUCGGCGGCUUUCCAGGACAAGGCCCAGCCGGGGCUGGAGAUGACCGGCUGUAUCAGUUGCUUGGGAUCAACCGCGAAGCGGACGAGGCAACCAUCAAGCAGGCCUACAAGAAACAGGCCAUGAAGCAUCACCCCGACCGUGGUGGGGACGAAGCGAAGUUCAAAGACAUUUCCAAAGCAUACGAGGUUUUGUCAGACCCUCAAAAGCGGCAGAUCUACGAUGCAUACGGAGAAGAAGGACUGGAGGGUGGUGCCGACCCAGGUGGCGGCGCUGGCAUGAACCCCUUCGAUUUGUUCAGCCACAUUUUCGGCUUCCAAGCCGGUGGCCAGCGCCGACGUGGCCGACCCGUGACGCAAAAUGCGGAAUACAACAUUGAGGUGACCCUGGAGGAGCUCUUUGUCGGUACCAGCCGUAGGAUCAACUACCAAAGGAAUAAGAUUUGCCAGACUUGUCAUGGGCAAGGGGGCAAAAAUCCUCAGCAGUGCCAACGAUGCAAAGGUGCUGGCUAUGUAGUGACGGUGCAGCAAUUUGGGCCAAUGGUUCAACAGUCGUCGUCAGUGUGCUCCACAUGUAGAGGAAAAGGUGUGGUCAUACGCCCGGAAGAUGUGUGUGGUACUUGUAAAGGCGCUGGCACUGUGAAGGAGAAAGCCGGCUACGACAUCAGCAUCGCAGCGGGUGCCGAGGACGGCCAGGUCUUCCACUUCCCAGGCGCUGCAGAUGAGGAGCCAGGGCAUGACCCUGGAGAUUUGAUCAUCCGCAUCAGGGAGAAGUCGCACCCUUUGUUCCAACGAGUUGAGGAUUCCUUGGUGAUGCAAAGAAAGGUGAGUCUCGCAGAGGCACUCUGUGGAUUUGAGCUUUCUGUGAAAUAUUUGGAUGGUGAGAAUCUCCUCAUCCGAAGCGAACCUGGCAAGGUCAUGAAACCUGGUGACGUGCUUUUGGUUCCAAGUAAGGGCAUGCCGAACAAGGCCACCAAGAAAAGAGGAAACUUGUUUGUCCAGAUUCAGGUGGACUUCCCAAAGGACAUCCACGAAGACAGCAGAUCGGACUUGGCCAGGCUGCUUGGGGGAAAGCUUCCCAAGGAGAGAAAUGGUGAAGUGGCCAAGCAGCUGUCACCCACACAGGUGCAACAAGUGAAGGAGUCUUGGCGACAGCAUGCUGAGCAGCGAGAGCAGACAAAUGGAUGCGUAUCCCAAUGAGUUCUUGCAUGUUGUAGGUUGCUUCACUGCACUCUUUAUCUCAUUCUUUGAGUUGCCGCCGAUGUUGUUUCACAUCCAAGCAGCUUGGCUAAGAGUAGAGGCCCAAUUUGUCCAAUGUGUGUGGUCAGACUAGAAUGACUUCGCCAUCUUUUCAGUACUUCAAACAACAUCGUGUUGGCGCGAAUUGACGAAGUGCCGUUUGGCAUCUUAAAUUUGCAGCGCAUGACUCCUGACAGACAACUGCAGAUUGGUCUUUCGUGAUUUCAAGGCUAAUCAUGGCUAGCCAAGGGAAUCUUUUGAACAGCCGAGCAGUGCAGUUGGGUUGGAUAUCAACGCCCAGUUUUUCCAACGUCCUGAGGCGCACCAUUCUUCCGAAUAGUUGCCGUGAAAGUGAUUGACCGUGAUAGGAAUCUUUGGUUGAUCCAUUCGGAAGUGGGCGAUGAAAGCCUGGUAACUGGACACCUGGGGCUGUUGCCGUAAAAGUUUUGACGUCGAACCUGAAAUGCGCUUGACCCAGCGCUUUUGGCGAGUACAGACCACAUCCAGUCUACGCUGGAGCCACCACAAUCGCCUCGCAGGA